AUGUCGGUCCGCUGGCUGCUCUCGCUUCUUCUCGCCACGUGGACACUUCUCUCGAUAGCUCGCCUCGUUUUCGACCUCAUCGGAAACUUGUGGGUCGUCGUGGGCUUCGACUUUGUGCAGGUACCGUUUCUUUCAUUAUCACCUUUUCCCAAUGUCAACAUGACCGCGUCUAGCGCCUUUGUUUGGCCGCCAUCCUGCCAUGCUCCGUCCGGAGGACAGCUUGUCGGGGCCACGUCAUAAAAACCGGAGAUCAAGUGGCACGGGAUGAACUAGAUCCCCUGCUCGUCAGACAGUAAUCCCCUUCCCCUCUCGAGCCGAUCCAGUUGGCUCUUUUUCACUGACCGCGUCCGAUCCGAUGGCAUUACCUUCCAGUUAACGACCUGUUUGCUGGCGGAUGCCUCUCUCGUUUUGGAUGAAUACGAAUAAACAUGGCCGUGUUUGUGCGGGCAUCUCGUCCGGCUCGAGCAAACAGUCCGGCCGCAUCUUGCUCAGAUGAAGACACCACUCAUUUUCUGAUAAACGGGCGGAACAUGAAAACGGCUCGAGUGGCCGCCGUCCUCAAGUCUUCGCUUUCCGCCAGGCGGCCGCCUUUCCUUUUUCCAGAAAAAAUGGAGAGAUCAUGAGGAGGGUGGUUGAUGAAUACGCGGGCGGAAAGAGAAGAGAAAGAGGGAGACUUGCUGCAUUCAUAUUUUUGGAAUUAUCGCUGUGUAAUUGCAUUCAUGGGAAGCAUGAACAAAAAGUGAUUGACGAAAGAUUACGGUAGCUGACAGGCCUCCUCAUUCCGAGUACACCGCCUGACGACCUUCUCGUGCCCGCACACUCAUAAUCCUUUCGGUUAUUCUCAAAAUUAUCGGAUUAUCGUCAUCUCGGUCGCACAGAGUCAAGCUUCUUUUCAUUGCGCGCAUAAAUCGUUCUCCGCCUGCCAAACCGUUCGUUUUCUCGCUUUCGCGUUAUCUCGUCCGAUUCGCCUUCACGAUAACCCCCACUGUACAAUGUGACGCCUUUCAAGGAACUUCGGAAUGCGAAUGCGAAACGGGGAUAUCAAAUCGAUUAUACGGUAGUUUCGGGGGGCGAAACGCGAAGGAUUAGACGGCCAGAGGCGACCCUGGGGCGGUAAGCUCCCGCUGCGCGAAAAUGUUAAUUCCACUUUAAUUGCCGCUCGGACGAGGACAUCCAAAGUUUGUAACUCGACAUUCGAAAUGGGCGAAACGGCCGAGAGGGACGGGAGAGAUUGGCGCCAACUCGGCACUCCGUAAUUGCCUUUCGCCCACAUAUUCAGUCCGUUAUUGACAGAAUGAUUGUGAAACGAGACACGCCUUCUUACUUUAAUUGCCUAGCGAAACAUGUCGGCUGACCUCGACUACGCUCAUAAUUACGGGCGUUUCGGAAGGGAAAAAACAAGGAGAAAAGCAACAAUUCGUACUUUCGUUUUCAGAUUGUCUUCCUCAUCUCUGGACUGUUCGGAGCCACUCAAAAACGGCGACGUCUUCUCUACACUCUCCUCGUUUCGAACGCCCUCUCCCUUGCUUUGAAUGUGCUCAUCUUCCUUUGGUACAUUGGAAUUUUCGGAGAGAUUUCGAGGCCGUGGCUCUCCGCCGGACUUCCCUAUUCCUCUUCCUUCUUUCUCCGAUUCACGCCUUCUUGUGAUGCAGAGUUCGAUGUUAUACGGUAAGAAAAACAAUAAGGGACGUCUUCAAAUAUCGAAUUUCAGAAAAAAGUGGGUCCAGAAGAACUGUCUUGUGCCUUUCUAUUCGAUCGAAGCUUCUCAGGCAAUCCUCCACGUCAUUUUCUCCAUCAUCACGACCAUAUUCUCGGUGCUUGUUCUCAUUGAAACUCGCAAGAAACCCGUUCGAACCAGUUCUCAAUCCAUCAAUCAUUAUGCUCAAAUUUGUGCAUCAAAGGCUGCCAAGGGACCGAGUUCCACGAAUUCAAGCAGUGGAUAUGUGAAUUCGACGUACGAUGACCUCCGAAGUCAGGGAUCCGCAAGGGAGAAAGUGCCGGAGAGGGAGAAGAGAGAAAUGAAAGGACAGUUUGAGAGGAACUCCAAGAAGAAGAAGAAGGAAAAGGACAAAAGACCGUCCAUGCCGGCUCCUGACUGUGCUCCGUGCUCUUCGAGCAAAUCAUCCGAGGAGGAUAAUCAUUUGGACGAUGUGUACACGCAGCCAAUGAAGAAGAAGCCGAUGCCGGUGAAGGUGAGUGAAUUUCAAAGCAAUUGUUAAGAAUUUCUUUGCUUCAGAAGCCGAAUCUCGAGGAAGAUAUCCGUGGAAACAACGUCACGUCGCUGGUGAGCUUCGAUCCGAAAAGUGCAACUCUUCUUCGCAUCCGACAGCAUCUUGAGGCAGAACCUUCCGACAGAGAAGUGAGUGAUUUCUUUCCGAACGCUUUCCCACUUCAUCCGCUCAAUUUCAGACGCCUGAGUACGGUUCUGCUCACGAUAUGUACGAACGUCUCCGUUCCCGCUCUUCCGGAAGUGACGUUGCUCCCGCUUCCACGAUUCCACUCAGUUCCGAAUACAAAUCGAGGAAUGCGAGUCAGGACUCGGUCCCUUCGAUGUUCGCUCCGAUGCUUGAUUCUCCAGCACCUUCCUCCACGUCUUCGCGGUCAUCGGGCAGCAAGAAAACAGGCGGAAUUCAGCUGGCGACGGCCAAUCCCAUCAGACUCGUCUCGCCAGGAAUCCGAUUGUCCGAUCAGCUCGGAGCCAACAAACCGCCGUACAAGAGUGCGUUCCGCGUGCAGACGAAGGACACACGGGUCAUCAGCCACUACCAUUCUCCCAAUGAGAUCCCCCUCUCGAGCGAUCCGACGGUUCCAAACGACUCCGCCGGCUCCAACUACCCCGUGCUGACAAGCGGCGGCCUCCUUGUCUAA